AUGGUGUUCUCAGUGUCUUCUCUUCCCUUCUCUUUACCAGCACUGCUUCUUGUGUUCUCCCUUCAUGUUUCAACACCAACUGCACACCUACACCAAAACCAAUCCUUCUCCUUUCCAAUCUUCACUCUUCCACUCUCUGGGAAUUCUUCUGCUCUUUCCCAUUUCAGACAUAGUGUGCAAUUAAUCUCCCCACCCAUGAGAAAUCACUUCUUAUACCAGUCUGCCCUUUCUGCCCAACUAGCCAUUGGAUCCCCUCCCCAGAUCCAAUACAUGAUGCUAGACACUGCUACUGACUUUACAUGGGUUCCAUGUGGAUCCAGUGAGGGGGAUCCAAUCUUCAUAUCUACAUCCUCCCAGUCCUUUUCUCCACUUAGUUGCAAUGCUUUGGCUUGCUGGUUUCCCAGAGAAGAUGGCUCAAUUUUGAUAUCUUGCAGCAGCCAGUAUAUAUGCCAGUACUCUUUCACCUACACAAAUAUCAACCAACCUAGAGGCUACUUUGCAUCGGAUGUGAUUAACUUUCCUCAGACAAAUUAUCCUGGAUAUCGAAUUACUUUCGGUUGCCGCAGCAACUCCACCGAAUUAACCGGCGUUCUUGGACUGAACCUUGGCAUGCUGUCAUUCGUCAAGCAAUCAAACAUACCAAGAUUCUCUUACUGCAUUCCAGGCCAUAAGCCACAGGCGCGUGGAACACUGGUCAUAGGCAACAACCCAAACUCAGCAUCACUCAAGUACACAAGGUUACAGAGCAUAGGAAACAAGAACUUGCCUUACUAUGACUAUGAUGCAUACUCAUUGAAGAUACAGGGGAUCAUGGUGGGAAACAGAGUUCUUAGCAUCUUGAGUUCGGUUUUCGAGCCCGGGCACAUGGGUGCUGGGCAAACAAUCAUCAGCUCUGCAACUUUGUUUACCCAUCUGGUUAUGGAUGCUUAUAGGGAAGUUAGGAGAGAGUUCUUGAGACAAAAUUGGAAGUUGGUGAGCAAAGUUAGCACAAUGUAUGCAGGCUUAGGGGGCCUAGACCUGUGUUUUGAGCUUGGUUCAGCUGGAUCAAACUACAUAGAGGGACUCUCUGGGGUGGUGCUGGUGUUUGAUGGUGGGGUUGAGCUAAGGGUUGAAAAGGAUAAGUUACUUGCAGAGCUUGAGCCAGGAUUAUGGUGUUUUACAUUUGGAGGAACAGAUUUAGUUGGUUUAAGGGCCAGCAUCAUUGGGACUUAUCACCAGCAGGAUCUGUGGGUUGAAUACGAUAUCGAUGGCGCGGCGAUAGGGUUUGCUCCGGCUGAUUGCAGCAAAUUAUCAUGA